AAAUGAAUCGUAAUCGAGAAGCCGGACCUUCAGCGACCAAACCAACCACGGUUACGAUGUUCCACGAUCGCUACACAGCCGGUGAAACAACUGGAGGUCUGAGUGUAUUAUUCACUGCGCUGUGUAUAGUGGACCUCUUCGGUGUCUUCCCUAUUGUGGCCUUACCGAAGAGUAUUAUUUCUUGUGGUGUAUACGGAAUACCUCUCGUGGUAGCGGUGUUCUCGUUGCAACUCUACACAGCUGUGCUGCUGGGGAGGAGCUGGCUGCUGGCACAUGAAAUAUCACCGGAUAUAAGGGAGAAAAGCAGGUUUCCUUACGCAGCGGUGGCCGAGCUGGCUUUCGGCACGAAAACGAAAAGGCUCGUGACGUUUCUCAUAGAUGCGACGGUAUUCGGUGCUGGGAUACCAAAUUUUAUAUUCGCAUCUCAAAGUAUGCAGUUGUUUUGGUGGAAGAUCACCGAUGGGGCCGUGGGGGUGUCCUAUUGCAUAUGGAUGAUAAUAAUUGGUCUUUUGCUCUGUCCUGUCAUGUGGCUCGGCUCGCCGAAAGACAUGAAGCCCGUGGCGCUGUCGUCGGUGUGCAUCGUGACGACGGUGGCGGUGUCCACGUGGGUGUGCAUCUACCUCGACGACACGUCGCCGCCGCCGUCGGGCGACGUGCUGCAGCACGAGCCCGGCCCGCGGGACUUCCUCGUCGCUUACGGGAUCAUCGCUUUUCAGUUCGAUAUCCAUCCGAUGUUGCUUACCCUUCAAGUGGACAUGAAGGACAGUCGAAAGAUCAACUCGGCAGUUCUCGGCGCGUUCACCAUCACCGGUCUCCUGUUCACCGUCACCUCGUUGGUGGCUGCGAAUAGAUAUGGAAACAAUAUCGAAAGUAAUAUACUGCAAGGCAUACCGCCAUCGUUUAUAUUAUACAUCUUGGCCCUGCUGGUCACAUUACAACUUUGUUUCUCGAGCGCCGUCAGUAACUCCGCCCUCUUCCUUCAUAUUGAGGACUUGCUCAAGAUACCCAGAGAAUUCGGCGUAAAACGUUGCCUUCUCCGCUCAGGAAUCGUCGCAUUCGCAGUUUUUCUCGGAGAAUCGGUGCCAAGAUUCGACCUCGUUAUGAGUCUAGUUGGAUCGACAUUAACUGGACCAUUAAUGUUUAUAUUCCCACCAUUAUUUUUCCUAAGACUCUGUUAUAAAAGAUAUCAAAUUAAAGCUAGCGCUAUGUCUCAUAAUCCAAAGAAAAAGAGCGUAAAGUUUAGUGACAGCCAUGUCAAUAAUGGCGGGAACUCUAAUCAAAAUGGCGGGAACGAUAAUCAAAAUGGCGGGUACGGUAAUCAAAACGGUAACGAUCAUGUGAAGUACCCGCUUUUAGUGCACAGAGUUCAAACAAAAUAUAGAACUUUUAUGAAUGAAUACGUCGAUAUGAAUGCCGAUAUUGACAUGAAUGAUUACGCAGUUAAAUGGUACGACGUAUUAUUAGCCGUAAUUGUGAUGUUAAUGGGUAUCGCAGCUACAAUAGUCGCGACGUAUAUAAGCUUUUCGAACGCCGUGGCGUCGUCUGGAUUCUCGCAGCCAUGUUUGUUGAAUGCGACAGCUGCUGCUAGGAGUUUCAUUGAAGCCACAAAUCAUGUGAUAUAGAAAAUCUCUUUGCAAUUAGAAAAUAAUUACAAAAUAAGUCACAAGUCAACAUGAA